AUGGUGGGGCAGCGGGUACUGCUGCUAGCUGGCUUCUUUCUGUCUGAGUUCCUGCUCUCUGAGGCCGCCAAAAUUCUGAUUGGAUCCUCACUGGGUGGAAGCCAUCAUCUACUGCUAGACCGUGUAUCUGAGAUUCUCCAAGAUCAUGGUUAUAAUGUCACCAUGCUUCGUUAUGGAGCAGAAUUUUUAAUCCCAGGUAUGAAAAACAAUGAAAAACCAUACCAAGUUAUUAGUUGUCUUCCUCCUGAAGAUUAUGAAAAAGAAAUUAAUCAAACUUUUAAUUAUUUUAUGACAGAAGCUUUGCAUGGCAGAGAAGCACUUAACAACUUUGUAAAGUUAAUGGAACAACUGGGAAUUCGAUGCAGUGAUUUGCUAAGGAGAGAUGAUAUCAUGGAUUCCUUAAAAAAUGAAAACUUUGACUUGGUAUUUGUUGAUGCAUUUGACUUCUGUUCUCUGCUGGUUGCUGAGAAACUUGGGAAGCCAUUUGUGUCAAUUCUUCCCACCCUGUUUGGCAGUGUGGACAAUGGGCUACCAAGCCCUGUGUCUUAUGUUCCAGCAAUUGGUUCCUUGCUAACUGAUCACAUGGACUUCUGGGGCAGAGUGAAGAAUUUUCUGAUGUUCUUUAAUUUUUUCAUUAGCCAAUGGCGAAUCCAGUCUUCGUUUGACAACGCCAUCAAGGAACAUUUUCCAGAGGGCUCUAGGCCGGUUUUGUCUCAUCUUCUAAAGAAAGCAGAGCUGUGGUUUGUUAACUCUGACUUUGCCCUUGAAUUUGCUAGGCCCCUGCUUCCCAACACUGUGUAUGUUGGAGGCCUAAUGGCCAGACCUGUUAAACCAGUACCACAAGAAUUUGAGAAUUUCAUCGCCAAGUUUGGGGACUCUGGUUUUGUCCUUGUGGCCUUGGGCUCCAUUGUGAACAGCUAUCAGUCCCAGGAAGUUCUCAUGGAGAUGAACAGUGCCUUUGCUCAUCUCUCUCAAGGGGUGAUAUGGAUGUGUAAGGCUUCUAAGUGGCCCAAAGAUGUCAAGUUGGCAGCAAAUGUGAAAAUCGUCGACUGGCUUCCUCAGAAUGACCUCUUGGCUCACCCACGUAUCCGUCUUUUUGUCACCCAUGGUGGGAUGAAUAGUGUAAUGGAGGCCAUCCAACAUGGUGUGCCCAUGGUAGGGAUUCCCAUCCUUGGAGACCAGCCAGAAAACAUAGUCCGAGUAGAAGCCAAGAAGUUGGGUGUCUCUAUCCAGUUAAAGCAGAUCAAGGCAGAGACAUUGGCUCUGAAAAUGAAGGAAGUCAUAGAAGACAAGAGGUACAAGUCAGCAGCGGUGGCUGCCAGCAUCAUCAGGCACUCCCACCCCCUGACCCCUGCCCAGAGGCUGGUGGGUUGGGUCGACCACAUCCUCCAGACAGGGGGUGCGGCCCACCUCAAGCCCCAUGCCCUGCAGCAGCCAUGGUAUGAGCAGUACCUGCUGGAUGUCAUCUUGUUCCUGCUGAUGGUUACACUGGGCACUCUGUGGCUCUGUGGGAAGCUGCUGGGCAUCAUGGGCAGGUGGCUGUGUGGGGCCAGCAAGCUGAAGAAGGCCUGAUGGGGAUGCAGCCUAGAUGGGUGUUUGGGAAGCCAUUGGUUCUAGAAGGCUUUCCCCAGCACAGAACAGCCCUGGUGUCUCUCCCAUAUUGGCACCUAAGGGUGAAACACAAAUAUUUCCUCAUCAUUUACCGCCUCUGUUUAGAAAUUCUUAUGAUGCAAUCUUAAGAUUUUUUUCUCAAGUUGUGGUAAACAAUAUAUUCUAUAAAAUGUGCCAUUUUAA